AUGGCCAACACGGAAGACCAGAAGCAGCAGCAGGAGCAGCCCAAGGGCGGCGACCACAUCCCCACCGACACAAAGGAAGAAGAGCAGGAAACCACAGGCUCUGGCGGUCUUCUGAGCAAAAUCGGCGACCCUGUCGGAGAUGUCCUAGGCACGGUUCUGCGCCCCAUCGGCGCCCCCCCUCGAAAAAGGCCUCACAGGCCCCCUCGGCAACGCAAUCGGUGGCACGACGCGGCCCGCACUGGGUCCCUUGCUGGGCGAAGAUCAUGA